AUGAGCGACAGCCAAUUUAAGUAUUCCAUAGCUCUUGGAAUUCUCUACCUCUUCCUUGGCGCUUUCUAUACUGUUUUUACCCAUAAUUACGAUUUCGAACUACAUCAGGUCGGUCUAUCAUUUCUCGGUUUACUUCUCGGAAUGAUAACCUCUGCUGCCACCCAUCCUUUUUGGGACUGGAACUAUCGGCGACUUGUGCGUCAACGGGAGGCAAACGGAGGAGUGCCAGGGGAGAGUGAGCCAGAAUACAGGCUACCCCUUGCAAUUGCUUUCCAAUUAUCGGCAGUGGGUUCUUCAGCGCUGGCAAGUGCUAUGGGUGCAAACCUGAUUUUAAGAAGCAUUUUUGCAGCCGCGUUCCCAAUAUUUGGUGUUCGGUAUAUGGAGCACAACUCCGGGCAAAGAGCCAUUGGGCAUCAAGUGGUCAUUCUAAAAAAUGACAAGCCAUGA